CUAAAGCCACCGUAUCUACUCGUGGGCGUGUGGGUAAUGUCGUCUAUAACACACGUGCCUAAUUUUCUUAUGCCAGUUCAAACGUUCAAAGAUGGCAGGCCUGGAAUUAUUGUCCGACCAAGGAUAUCGUCUUGAUGGAAGAAAAGCUACUGAGCUGCGCAAAGUACAAGCUCGUAUGGGUGUAUUUGCCCAAGCUGACGGGUCUGCAUACAUAGAACAGGGAAAUACCAAAGCGCUGGCAGUUGUGUAUGGCCCUCAUGAAGUGCGAGGGUCCCGCAGCAAGACCCUCCAUGACCGCGCUGUCAUCAACUGCCAGUACAGUAUGGCCACCUUCAGCACAGCGGAGAGGAAGAGGAGACCCCACGGGGACCGCAAGUCCACAGAGAUGAGCCUUCACCUCAAGCAGACUUUUGAGGCAGCAGUGUUGACUAAUCUGUACCCACGCUCUCAAAUAGACAUUUAUGUCAAGAUCUUGCAGUCAGACGGUGGGAACUACAGUGCGUGUGUGAACGCCGCCACUCUGGCAGUGAUCGACGCGGGUAUCCCCAUGCGGGACUAUGUGUGCGCCUGCACUGCAGGCUUUGUGGACGAGACGCCGUUGGCAGACCUGUGCCAUGCUGAAGAGAGUGGAGGGGGCACAUCACUGGCCUUGGCAUUGCUUCCCCGUGGUGGGCACAUCGCCCUGCUACAGAUGGACGCCCGACUCCACCAGGACCACCUAGAGACACUGAUGGAGGCGGCCAUGACGGCCUGUAAGGGUGUCAGCAAAGUGUUGGAUGAGGUGGUGAGACAGCAUCUUCAGGAGGUGUCUGCACUGACCGGAGAGUGAUGUGGUGUAGCUUGGACUUUGUGGUAGAUUGGCCUAUUUAGUCAUUUAGCAGACGCUCUUAGCCAGAGCGACUUAGUUAGUGAGUGCAUACAUUUUUCAUACUGGCCCCCCGUGUGAAUCGAACCCACAACCCUGGCGUUGCAAGCGCCAUGCUCUACCAAAUGAGCUACAGCCUAUAGUGAAUGGCCUGGGGAGGUGGAGGCGCAGAUAGAGGAUUAAUGUUGUAUUUUUUUAUUGUACACUCAUGCUCUGCUUUUGUAUGAAAUGCCUUAUAAACAAUUACAUUUAAACCCA